UCAUUUUUACAUUUUCAGCUCCCGUUCUCACUCCCUUGUUUUUCCUUUUUCUCGCUCCUUCCUUCUAGUCUAUACCGAUUCUCUCUCCGCCAGUUAGUGCUCUUUCUCUCGCUUCUCUCUCUCUCUCUCUCUCUCUCUCUCUCUCUAAAAUAUUUUUUGCCUUUUCGCAAGGCUGCCCGGAAUCCUCAGACCUUUACCAAUGGCCGGAAUCAUCCUCUCAUAACUUCCGUAGGCUUUUGCAGCAAACUACUCCUCCUUGAACUUUGGUCAGCUGCUGGGCUUCGCCAAGUUGGACCUUGGGUAGCUUCUGGGCAUUGGCACUGGAUCAGAAUGCAGAGAUCACUAAGGCUGUCAGCUCAACCUCUCUUGAAACAGGUCGUCAGAGGGUUCUCUUCGAAUUCAGAGAAAAUUGUAGCGUCUGUACUGUUUGAGAGGUUGCCUGUUGUUAUUCCAAAAAUCGACCCUGUUGUCUAUGCAUUCCAGGAGUUCUCGUUUCGGUGGCAACAGCAAUAUCGGCGUAUGUACCCUGAUGAACUUUUAGAUAAGUCGAAUUCUAGGGGAAAAGGCGACUACCACAUUGAUUAUGUACCAGCUCCACGGAUCACUGAAGCUGACAAAAAGAAUGAUAAAAAGUCAUUACAGAGAGCACUUGACAGAAGACUGUAUCUUCUUCUGUAUGGGAGCACAUACGGAUCGCCUACCGGUAAUCCUGUAUGGCAUUUUCCAGAAAAAGUUUACGAGUCUGAGGAGACGCUACGAAAGUGUGCAGAGUCUGCUUUAGAAUCUGUCGUAGGAGAUCUGUCUCAUACUUAUUUUGUUGGAAAUGCUCCUAUGGGCCAUAUGGUUGUACAAGCAACAGAGAAUCUGGCAGACUUUUCGUCCUUUAAGAGAUUCUUCUUUAAGUCUCAAGUGAUUGCAACCAAUAAGUUCAACAUUAACAAGUGUGAAGAUUUUGUGUGGGUUACCAAGGAUGAAGUAUUGGAGUAUUUUCCUGAGCAAGCUGAAUUUUUGAACAAGAUGAUCAUCAGCUGAUUUGAGGGAUUUAUGCGUCUGUUUCUACUUAACAACUUUGCUAGUCAAGAAGGGAUGAAAUAUUGACAGUUUCGGUUGGAUAUUUCAGUUGACAUAGAGAAUCAUAAGCCUGACUUUGAAGUUUGUCAUGAGCAGGGCUUCAAGCAGUGAAAUUUUUUGAUCUUCUCUAGUUAUUGUAUCAAAUCUGCUCUUUCACUUUUCAAUUUUGAUUCUCUUUCUAUAUGUACUUUGCCCUCUUUCAUGCUGCAAUAAUUCACAAACUUGGCGAAGUUUGUUGGAUUCUGAAUUCAUAUGUUUUCAUAUGGAAAUUACACAAAGGUAGUUUUCUUGCUGCUAA